AGAUGGCGAGCAGAGCUGUGGUACGCUUAGCGGCCUUUAUUAUUUUCAAUGGAGGGUGUGGUGUGUUUUGUAACACUCCUGUGGACUGUGAAACUGGGAAAUCGCGCACUUUCAAUCCAGGAGUAGCAGAACCUGAAACUAUUGUAUGGAAAUACAGUAAAACUGUAGAUAAUGUGGUAAAAGUGCUUGACUGGGAUCCUGCGAUUACAAAACCAAAUAAUACUUUUUGGUUUCCACGACUUGUAAAUCGAGCAACACUUGACCCUAAAACUGCAGCGCUUACAAUUCUACAGGUGAAGAAAGAAGACAGUGGUUUCUAUACAUGUGAAAUCCAGAUGAAGGGAGCGCUAACGUAUUACCAUUAUAAAGUCGAAGUGUUUGAUCCUGUUCCAAAACCGGAAAUAAAGUGUGUGCUAAAUGACACAGUUGUAAAAGCACUCGUGUGUUCAGUGGACCCUCAAGUACAGGCAAAAUUUAAAUGGCAAACAAACGAAGGGGAUAAAGUGGGUGAGAGGAUUGAUAUCCCUGAAGGGAAAUCGGAGGACUCGGUGUAUUACUGCAUCGCAACAAAUCCUGUGAGCAAUAAUUCUACAGAGUUCAGUCUCAAGACCUGUAAAGAACCUCAGUCUAAACCUGGACUCGGAACUGGUCCAAUUGUUGGAAUUGUUUUCCUCGUGAUCAUCCUUCUUUUGAUUGCUGGCUUCCUUGUUGCCUGUUUGUUCUGCAGAGAACAAGUGCAAUCUUUCCUACAAAAAGGCCGCUCCAGAGAUGUUCCGAUGUCUGAAACUGAAGCGAGUGGCAUGUUGUCAGGCAACGGGACUAAUCAAGACCAUAACAACAGUAAUCAAGAUAAAACUCAAAACCAUUGAGUGAUUACUGAUCAAGCGCUGUCUGUGCAGGACACCGAAAAUAGAAGAAAUGAAAGUGGAUUCAAAUCGGAUCAGCAAUUAAAGGAUUAACUACAAGUGGAAGAUUCACCAAAUUAAAGAUGGAACACAAGAAAAAUACACUUUACAGUUAGAAUAUGAACAAACAGCCAUAAAAGAAGACAAAAACUAACAUAGAUAAUGUAUGCAUGUGCAAAACACAGAGUGAAACCCAACACUUAUCACAAAACCAAAUUGAUAUUAUAUUGGUCCAACAGUGGAAACGUGGUUGCCAGUGGUGGGGCUUGAACCGGCAAACUUUUGAUUACUAGUCCACUGCCUAAAUUUCUGACAAGAUACUAACUUCACUAUAUCUAAAAUGAACGGAAUGUCUUUAAGAAUUGCACUGUACAUAGGUUUUUAGCAUAGGUUAGCUUUUAAAUGGAUUGUCUUUAAGUUUUACCACAGCUUUAACCUGGUCAAGAAACCUGGCAGUAGGUCUGUUUUUUUUGGGAUUCACUAGGCGCAAUACAUUAAAACAUCUGAACAAGACGCCAGUUUAUUUUGCAUGGCGUCGUCCAUUCAUUCCAAACAUGGCUAGUCAUGUCUGUAUGUAGAUGCCCAACUGGCUAAUAGCACUACCUGGGAAUCAACCAUAUACACCAGGCAGUAGUGGGCUAGUGUAAUCUAUCAUGAUGCCAGUCGAGCGCCUUUAAGUGAGUUAUGUAUAUUAUUGCUAAAAUGAGCUUUAAUGUAUUUAUUCAAUAGUAUAUAUGCAUGUGUGUAUGUUUUUAAACUGCUGAAAUGCUCAUUUUUGAUUGUUACAACCCUAAAUGUACAAUUUUAUUUCAUUGCAGACCAUAUGAAUUCAAGAUAUUUCAUGAUUUGUCUGCUCAGCAUAUUUUCAAUUGUUGAUAUACAUGCAUUCCUGCAAAAAAUUGGGAUGGUAGAGCAUUUCCCAUUUUGUAGUGUUACACCUAAAAGACAUUUGGCAGAUGACCAGGCAAGUGUUUCAGGUGUUAUUUUGUCCCAUUCUUCCUGCAAACACGUCUUAGGUGAGCAACACUACAGAGUUGUUAAAUUUUUCAUUUCAAAAUUCUCCACACGUUCUCUGUUGGGGACAGGUCAGGACUGCGGACAGCCAAGCCUUUGUAAUGGGUACAGCAUGAAAAAUGCAUGGACGUCCCUGAAAUAGAUGACUUCUUGGAGGCAGCAUAUCUCUAAAAUUUUCUUUUUUGCAUUAAUGCUGCUUUGACACAACCCCAUACCAUGACUUACCCUGGCUUUUGUACUUGUUGCUGAUGAUUGAAUUGUCCUUUUUGUCCUUGGUCCGGAGCACACAGCAUCCAUUCUUAGAAAAAAGAUUUGAAAUACUGAUUCGUCUGACCACAGUACACCUCUUUACUGUGUGAUAGUCCAUCCCAGAUGCCUCUGAGUCCUGAGAACUUGACGUCUCUGGACCUGGUUAAUAUAAGGCUUCUUUUUUUGCACAGCAAAGUUUUAAGUGCUGUUUGUGAAUGUAACUCAGUAUUGUUGUGCUUGACAACGGUUUGCUAAAGAAAUGCCCUGCCCAUGUGGUUAUAUCAGCUAUUGAUGCAGUGCCGUCUAAGAGAACAGAGAGCACAGGUGUUUGUUAAGGAAGUUAUUUCCUUCCAAAAUAAAUGUAAGCAAGAAGUGAGCGAUCCAAGUAGUUUGUGUGCUGAUAUACAGCAAAAAAGCAAGGAGUCUGGGUGAAGGGAGUGAAUUUCACCACAUGUCCAGCAGGGAUUGUCUGUUCUGCAGUGAGAGUUAAAAGUAAAUAAAUAUUUGGUUUGGCAUGGACUAUAAGGUCACAAAUAUUGUCCGCGAGCGAAAAUCAGCAAAAAAACGGUAAUGUGAACUAGGCAUCAGACUUGCACUUUUUGCACUGAAAUUCCUCCAGAUUCCAUUAAUUGUUUUAUGGUAUUGUGUCAUUAUAUAAAACAAAAUUAAAUCAAACAAAAUUAAACAGACCCCGCAAAACUACUGUCUACUACUGGUUCAUACUGUCUGCAAUAAAGUCAAAGUAAAUGUAAGAAACGUUUUUUAUUUUUUUUGCAUUGUCCAUACUUUGUGAUUUGGGGUUGCACAUAUUCUCAUGAAUGUAUGUAUUUGUGUGUGUGUGUGUGUGUGUUUUUUUUUAACUGCUUAAAUGCUAAUUUUUAAAUUGUUACAUUAUCACAUACAAUAUUGAAUUCAAAAACUGUUUGGCACUUAAAUGUUAGUGUAGUGAACAAGAGUACUAACCACAGACCUGUAAUUUUCAAUUAAAAAAAAUGUACAGCAA